AUGCCUAUCUCCAGGUUGUAUGCGCUGCUUCCAUCUCCACCUCAGUCGCCUCCUCCUGAUUUCCUGCCACCCCCCCCUGAUUUCUCGCCACCCCCUCCUGAUUUCUCGCCUCCCCGAUCACCACCUGGUCCAAUGGCUGACAAUGAGGAUCCAGACUCAGAAUUCACUGAUGCAAGCAAGUGUUACUAUCGUACGUAUCACUCGCUCCUCAAUGGACGACCAUGCACAGCUGACGGCGUGUUUCUGCCCCCUGGCACACCACCAACUCCUGUCCCACCGAAGUCUCCUCAUGACUGGAGCCCGUAUCGUAACAAUAUUGAAUUUGCAACGGCAGAGUUUGUUUUCAAACAAAGCCAUAUGUCUAACAAAGCUACAGACUUAUUACUCGACUUAAUGGCUGUGCAGCUGUUGAAACACGAUGACCACCCUCCAUUCGCGGAUCACAAGGAUUUGCACAAGGUCAUCGACGCCACACAACUUGGCAAUGUCUCUCGAUUCAAUACACAGGGGAACACCCUGAACAUGAUGCUCCUCCGUGGAUGGACAGAGAAUACGAGGUCUGGUACAGAGACCAUUCGCAAAUUCUUCCUUGCUUUUGGCGCUUGUUGCACUUGUGGGCACUUGUGA